GAUACGUACCGCGGGGCCUCUCACCGAGGACUUCCGGGUUAAGCUCACCUGCAGGGUCCAUGCAACGUCAUCCCUCGGAACCUUCGUUGUCGCAGCCUCCCGAAUAUCGUGAAACACCUGGCCUAAUACUCACUAAUCCACUCCUUUUUCCACCAAGUCGCGCAGAAUCCUCGCGCAUUGUGUUUACUGCGUAUGGUCACUUUGACGCUGUCAGGAUGAUGUCCUCUACCAACGACGAGGAUCCUUUCCUCCAGGUCCAACAAGAUGUUCUCAACCAGAUGGCGAAUGCCCGGCCUCUAUUCGCAUCAUAUCUCCGGAUCCGCUCGCUUUCCACGGAUGCCAAUUCUCCUGAACUCGCAUCAGCUCGCUCCGAUCUCGAGUCCGCCUUGUCAUCCCUUGCCGACGACUUAGCAGAUCUGGUCGCAUCUGUUCGAGCUGUUGAAUCCAAACCGUCGCAAUUUGGCCUAUCACCAAAUGAAGUCACGCGACGAAAACGACUCGUCCAAGAGGUUGGCGGCGAGAUCGAUGAUAUGCACGAUGAGCUCGCCAAAAAAGUGGACGCGGGCGACUUGCCUGACCCGAAUGCGUUUGCCAUUGAUGGUGAUGCGGAGGAUAACUACGCCGAGUUCGAGCAACAACAGCAGAUGGAAAUGAUGCACGAGCAGGAUCAGCAUCUGGACGGCGUGUUUCAAACAGUGGGUAACUUACGUCGCCAGGCGGAUGAUAUGGGCAGAGAGCUCGAGGAGCAGCGUGAGAUGUUGGAGGAGGUAGAUACCGUGGCUGAUCGCGUUGGUGGCCGGUUGGCAACAGGCGUUCAGAAACUUCAGUAUGUGAUGCGACAGAACGAGGACCGAUACAGCAGUUGCUGUAUAGCGGUUCUGAUAUUCGUCCUCAUCCUAUUGUUGAUUCUCCUUCUAAUCCUGUGAUGUUUGUAUCCAGGUCAAAAGACGAAUGCAUAGCUCUGUUGUAAAGAGCAUUUAUGACACUAUAACAUCUGGGAAUUGGGAGUUUAGGCUGGGAUCACUUUAAUGACUACCAAUACAGGGACCGGGUAUUUCUUUCUUUUUGUCUUAAAUCUGUAUACUACAAACAAGGAUAGAGCAGCAGCGGCCAUUUUGUACCCCAAUGGCACCUUAUAAUUUAACAAGUUUAUCAAACAUAUAACACGCCGCCAAGAACGAUGCCUAGAAUGGAUCAUCUUGCAGUAGAGCGGUCUUCAGUUUCGUAAAUUUUUAACAUCCCGGCCGAGAGUUUCUUUGAGUUGGUAUUCGGUUGAUCAUACAACAGGGCGUCUUUCGCCGCUAAGUCAAGAUCAACCCAGAUUCGGUCUUGAGCACAUCUGCCAGAGCAGCCAAGGAGCCAGCAGCAGUCGCAUUUUGCGGUGCCUUCUUGGGGAACUCGAUGAGAGCAAGUCGUAGUGCUGCCAAAGCUGCAUUGCCGUAGAAAUUGAGAAAACGCUGCUCGUGUCCCUGAAUCAUGGAUCGCAGCACCACAUAUUGAGUGUUUGACGUCUCACUGGGCGGUGAGUUGACAAUGUAAGCGAGCGCCCUCCAGUAAUUUGUGGGUGGGUAGGGGUUCUUUUUGGAAGAUUUGCCGAAAUCUCUCAGAGAUAGAGAAGCAAAGCCGGCGCCCAAGCCAGUCAUCCUAUCGUUAUGGCUUUGUUCGGUAAUCCAUGAUGGCCCGUCCUUCUUCCAGCCGAUUGCCAUACGGCCGCGUUCAGUUUUGUCACUGCCUCUGUGGCCGAAUAGCACUGGGCACACUAUUCGAUAUUUGGCCAUGAGAAUAUCGACUAAAGACUGACCUCGCCAUUGGAAUUCCUUGGUGGAGAAGAUAUGAGCUGCAAAUACACCAACAGGGUCUGCA